CUUUCACGCAAGAAUGAACGUUUUAUUUUCUCUCAAGUCAUUCUUGGUGGUUAUCACCAUUGCCGUCUGCUGGGCCAGCCCAAUGCCCAGAACGAGAAAUGCUGAAACAAAAGCCGAUUGCCCCAGUAUUGCCAUUCCCUGUUGGACACUGGGAGGGAAAUGUUACUGCUUCUCAACCGAUACCACUUUUCCGAACCGCGUUAACUGGAACAGUGCGAAUACAUACUGCAGAGGAGAAGGCAUGACACUUGCCAGUCUUGAUACUCAACAAGAGGACCAGAUCAUCUCCGAUCACAUAAAAGGAGUCACUAAUCCAGAACUGAAUAACGACUUUUACUGGACUUCUGGAAGAUAUUCACAAGAAGGUAAUAACAGGUGGGAAUGGGCCACUACGGAACCAUACGAGCCAAUGACUUACACCAACUGGUACCCGGGGUAUCCAAAUAACAGCCAACCUGGAAGUUCUGCCUACGUGAAUUACAACUUCGAAAGGGGAUUGUGGUUCAAUGUAAACAACCCAUCUUCCACCUAUAUUCUAUUUAUAUGCGAAUCGAAUGGUAGCACGGGAACCACUACAAUCAAGACGACUAGCACAGUCACCCCAACAGACGCCCCUACGGACGCUCCUACCGACGCCCCUACGGACGCCCCAACCGACGCCCCGACGGACACUCCUACAGACGCCCCAACCGAUGCCCCAACCGACGCCCCAACGGACGCUCCUACAGACGCUCCUACGGACGCCACUACAGACGCCCCGACGGAAGCUCCUACAGAUGCAACAGACGCCCCUACGGACGCCCCUACGGACGCCCCAACAGACGCCCCUACGGACACCCUCAGCUACAGACGCUACAGAAUACGCAAUGGCCCGGUAACAACGGCAUAGUUACAGUAACUGUUUCAACAAAAAAAUUAGGUUACAACAAAGGCAUUGAUAUCAGUUUGAAUGAAGAUUUCAAAACGGAUACUGGUGAAACUAGAUGAGCAUCCUAGGCAAAUUGUUAUCUAUGAAUUAAGUGACUGUCCAAAGUCCAAAGUCAAUUCGUACAAUUGAUCUUUAUCUAUCGAAUUUUAAUACACUGCACUGGCUUAAUAUCA